AUGGCUGCAACCUCGGCAGCAGUGUCGCUUCGCAUGUCCAAACGACAGCUGCGCAAAUCCAUGGCACAGACACUGGCCAACAUGCGGCCAGACGAGAUCGCCAGUCAAUCGCAAAAGGUCGCCGAGCAGGUGCUAAAGUCACAGACCUACGCUCGCGCUCGUUCGAUUAGCGUGUAUAUCAACAUGGAUGUGGGAGAGGUAAAAACCGACGAGAUAUGUCGAUCUGUGCUCAAAGACGGCAAAAAGCUCUAUGUGCCUUUGUUUGCUUCACCAGCUGCUCCGGUCACCGCAUCCGGGCCGACGGUGUCAUCAGCUCCAGUACAAGUCAAGACAGAAUUUGCAACAGACAUGAUCAUGCUUAGGCUACGCAGUGUGGCAGAAUACGAAUCCAUGGCGGUAAAUCGAUGGGGAAUACGCGAGCCCCCAUUGACCUAUGCUGACGGAACCAUUCGUGAGCAAGCGCUCGACGAGACGACUGGGGGAGAUGGGCUGGAUCUUAUCCUUGCCCCGGGCGUCGCCUUUGACCAGACGGGUGGUAGGUUGGGUCACGGCAAAGGUUACUACGACCGAUACCUCACACGCGCAGAAGAAUGGGCUUCUCAAUGUGGUGCGUCACCACCUGUGACGAUGGCGCUAGCACUGCGAGAACAGGUGCUUCCAGCGUCCGAACGUGUUCCUGCUGAUGAGCGUGACCGUGUCCUUGACGGUAUCAUCUCGCCAGACGGUACGAUUUUACCUUCAACAUCCUCACGGUGGUCUCGAUAA